CACAAGGGUAAAGAUUUUGAUGAUGGUCCAAAAGGCCCAAAAGGUCCAAAGGGUAAAUAUUUCGAUGGUCCAAAAGGCCCAAAGAGUGAAGAUUUCGAUGGUCCAAAAGAUCACAAGGGUAAAGAUUUCGAUGGCCCAAAAGGCCCAAAAGGUAAAGAUUUCGAUGGUCUUAAAGAUCCCAAGGGUAAAGAUUUCGAUGGCCCAAAAGGCCCAAAAGGUAAAGAUUUCGAUGGUCCAAAAGGUCCCGGUCCUAAGGAUGGACCAAAAUUUCCCCCUAAAGCAAAAUAAAUAAAAUUUUAAUCUAAAAAGAUAUUAUAAUUUAGAGAUAUGAUUAAUUUACAUUAUAAUUCCUUAAAUUCGCUGUAUCGUAUUCUAUUAAUUUUUAUUUUUUCUAUGAAUAAAUGAUAAGUAAAAUCGUAUAUUUAU